UAAAAAAAGGUUCAUCCAUGAAAACAGUCUAAAGAAAGAAGCCACACAUUUUACAGAGAGAUUGAGGAGAAAAUCUAGAGAGAGAAAGUAGAGAGAGAGAGAGAUAAUUCAUACAACAGAUAUGUCGUUCGAUACGUUCAGCGUCGACGGUGAAGAAUCCACCACCAUCCCUCCCUCCGCUGGUCAAUUCGACGAAUCAUACUUCGAUAACAACAACGAUUCAUACUCCAACUUUUCCACCGCCGAUACGCCGUCGUAUCAGUUCCCCGCUGACGGCGACCACGUGGACAGUCCAGAUCCCUACGGAUUCGGAUCCAAUCCGGAUCCAGAUCAGGAUCCGUUCUCUCAACCGCCUCAGUCCUCUUCAUCGAUUCCGAUCUCUAACGGCGUCAAUCAGAGUUAUGAUUUAGGUGAAGAUGCUGACGGAAUAUUCAGUUCUGACGGUCCGGUGCUUCCGCCGCCUAGUGAGAUGCGAGAAGAAGGUUUUGCUCUUCGCGAAUGGAGGAGGCUGAAUGCAAUUCGACUAGAGGAGAAGGAGAUGAAAGAGAAGGAGUUAAGAAGCCAGAUCAUUCAGGAAGGUGAAGAGUAUAUUAAAGCUUUCCAUGAAAAGAGACUGAAAAACAUUGAAACAAACAAGCUCACCAAUAGAGAAGGCGAGAAGAUGUAUGUCGCAAAGCAAGAAACAUUCCACAAGGAAGCUGAUAAACAAUACUGGAAAGCAAUAGCCGAGCUGAUUCCUCGUGAGGUUCCUAACAUAGAAAAACGAGGCAAGAAAGAUAAAGACAAGAAACCGUCGAUUACCGUUAUUCAAGGACCCAAGCCCGGAAAGCCAACUGAUCUAUCAAGGUUGCGUCACAUCUUGGUGAAACUGAAGCACACCCCACCCGCCCACAUGGUCCCACCACCACCACCACCUGCCGCCGCCAAAGACGGCAAGGAAGGUGACAAAGAUGAUAAAACAGUUGCUAAAGAUGGAAAAGAUGAGGCUAGUGCUGCUUCGAACGGUACUGUUGAAGCCCCGGCUGCCGCACCUAUUGAACAACCUGCCGCCUAAACACAAAAUCUUUUUCUGAUAUGAAAGAUUUUAGAUAGUUUUUCGUCAUAAUUUUUCAUCUAUGUGUGGACGCAGAGGAUUAAUCGGCUGUACUGUGUUGCUUUGUUUGGUAGAACCGGGUGUUGUUUCAAGUUUGUUAUUACUGUUUGUUGCUUUUGAUGUUAAUGGUGUUAAGACAUGAUUUUUUUUACCUGCUUUAAAUUUAUUUUUAA